AUGGCCUCGGGGGCGCCCGGGGAGCGGCUGCGGGAGGAGGCGCGGUGCCCCGUGUGCCUGGACUUCCUGCAGGAGCCGGUGAGCGUGGACUGCGGCCACAGCUUCUGCCUGCGCUGCAUCUCCGAGUUCUGCGAGCGCGCCGAGCCCGGGCCCAGCGGCCGCUUCUCCUGCCCGCAGUGCCGCGCGCCCUUCGCGCGCGCCGGGUUCCGGCCCAACCGGCAGCUGGCGGGGCUGGUGGAGCGCGUGCGGCAGCUGGCGCUGGGCGCGGGCCCGGCGGGCGCGGGGCGCUGCGCCCGCCACGGCGAGGAGCUCGGCCGCUUCUGCCACGACGACCAGGCGCCCCUGUGCUGGGUGUGCGACGCGGAGCCCGAGCACCGGGGCCACCGCACCGCGCCGCUGCAGGAGGCGGCCCGCGUCCACCAGGCGAAGCUGCAGAUGGCCUUGGAAGUGGUGAGGAAAGAUAUGCAGGAGGCCUUGGCUCAGGAGACCAACGUGGGCAAGAAAACCAUCAUCUGGAAGGAGAAGGUGGAGACGCAGAGGCAGCGCUUCCGGCUGGAGUUUGAGAAGUACCGUGGCUUCCUGGCGCAGGAGGAGCAGCUGCAGCUGCGGAGGCUGGAGGAGGAGGAGCGCACCACACUAAGCCGCCUGCGGGACAGCAAGGGGCGCCUGGGGCAGCGGGGUCGGGCGCUGCGGGAGCUGGCCGAGGAGCUGGAGGAGCGCAGCCAGCGCCCUGCCCUCGGCUUGCUGGAGGGCGUGCAGGAGGUGCUGACCCGAAGCCACAGUGUCCCGCGGCCAGAGCCGGAGACCAUCACCAUGGAGCUGAGGACCAUGUGUCGCAUCCCUGGCAUGCGGGAGAUGCUGAAGAAGUUUCAAGUCGAUGUCAAGUUGGACCCCAUCACGGCGCACCCCAGCCUGCUGCUGACGGCUGACCUGCGCAGAGUGCAGGACGGGGAGCUGUGGAGAGACGUCCCCAGCAACCCCGAGCGCUUUGACACCUGGCCCUGCGUCCUGGGCCUGCAGAGCUUCUCGUCAGGGAGGCACUACUGGGAGGUGGCGGUGGGCGAGCGGGCAGAGUGGGGACUGGGAGUCUGUCAGGACUCAGUGCUGAGGAAGGGGGAGACCACACCCUCUCCCGAGAACGGGGUCUGGGCCAUGUGGCUGCUGAAAGGGAACGAGUACAUGGUCCUGGCCUCCCCCUCCGUGCCCCUGCUGCACCUGGAGCGGCCGCGCCGCAUCGGGAUCUUCCUGGACUACGAAGCCGGCGAGGUCUCCUUCUACAACGUCACCACCGGCGCUUACAUCUACACGUUCAACCAGCUCUUCUCGGGCCUUCUCCGGCCCUACUUCUUCAUCUGUGACACGACGCCUCUCAUCUUGCCCCCUCUGUCAGAGGCUGAGACACAAACUCGGGCACCGGCCUCCAGGGCUGCUCUUGACCCAGCCCGUCACGUGCAGGAAGAAUCUUCCUGAAGUUCUGUUCCCAUGUGGGAAGCCGGGCGGUGGUUCCUGCAGGGCAGCAGACAGGGAUCCUCCCCUGGAGAGGCAGAGCAGCACAGCACGGACGUCAGAAACGGCUCUCUGCACUUGCGCAAUGCAGUGCCACACAGUGCCCACGAACUUCUCUGCAACAGAAUGGCCCUGACUGACACACAGUUACCACCAUCCCCUGUCCCUUCGAACACCCCUUCACUCAGGUCUGCCGUGUGUUAAGGCGGUGGAAUGGUUCAGAGCGGUCCAGAAUCUUCCUAUCAUACCUAUCUGAUACCUAAGAGCCUAUCUGCUCUCUCCUCUGCCCUUUCUCUUUCCUCCUCUCCUUUCUUCCUCCCAACCUUUCCUCCCCUCCCUUCCCUCCUCCCCUCUCCUCCCCUUCUCCUCUUCUCUCUCUGCCUCUGUGUACCUAUGCUCUUGUUCAUGCUCAUUAGUUGUUUAUAAUUAUAUUUUCUUCUGUAGUAAUAUAUUCUGAAACAUUUUCUAUGUCUGAUACCUAUGGCUAUAACUGAUAACUUGCCAAAUCCUCCUAAUUCUGGGAUUGAAAUUUGAAAACUGAAAUUCAAUGAUCUGAAUUUGACACUACUGAUUUACAGAGCAUACCUGUGUCACUUUCAAUAUUUUUCUUUUGAGUUUUUGAUACAUAUACUACCAUCAAAUACCUCAGAAUCCUGGCCACUGGUAUUUGGAGACAAUUCUUUAUUAGUUGUAACACUUCAACAUCCCCCGACACACACACACACGCUCACACACACUCACACACGCUCACACACACUCACACUCUCGUUCCUUUGUGUAUCAACCUUAAGAUGCCGGGGAAUAGUUAAGAUCAUGUCCAAUAGGAUUGAUUGAGUAAACUCCAUGGCUUUAGAGGUAGUACCAUAGGGUUAGGGUUAGUACAGUGGGUUUAGUGUUUGCUUUGCUCAUGGCUGACCCAGGUGCAAUCAAAUGGCCCUCUGAGCACUGCUGGGUGUGGCCCCCAAAUACAAAUAAAUAAAUCCACUUUUCCACAGAAAAAAUUAUAAAGAUGCUGAUAAUGGUGAGAAAAUGACAACAUUUGGGCUUUCUAAAAGUAUAUUCUGUACUUGAUACAUUCCCAAUGAAAUCUUAAAAGUCAGAAAGUUAUUCUCCUGCCAUCUCUUUUGUAGGAUGUUUAUACGGAAUGUUUAGAUGCUAAACAAUGAUUAAA